AUGUUUCUAAGCCUUCUCGACUCAUGUAUCCGAUCACGGAAUCUGAUCCUAGGUCAAAUCAUUCACCAGCACCUUCUCAAACGCUCCCUCACACUAACAUCCUCCACCAUACUCGUCAAGCUAACGCGUCUCUACGCUUCAUGCAACGAAGUGAAACUUGCACGCCACGUGUUCGACGAAAUUCCCCACCCAAAAGCCAAUCCCAUUCCCUGGGACGUGAUGAUCAGAGCCUACGCAUCUAACGAUUCCCCCGAAAAGGCUUUGGACUUGUAUUACGAGAUGCUUAGUUAUGACGUUAGACCCACGAAGUAUACUUACCCUUUUGCCCUGAAGGCGUGUAGUGGUCUGCGAGCGGUUGAAGAUGGAUAUGCGUAG